GCAUUUCUGAGUCACCGAGAAGGACAGGGGGAGAAAUGGCUGAUGCCAUAGCUGACACAAGAAGGCUCUGCGCGAAGCCACAGAACUUACAUGACGCUUAUGGACCCCCGAGUAACUUUUUAGAGAUUGAUGUGAGCAACCCCGAGACUGUCGGGGUAGGCAGGAGCAGAUACACCACGUAUGAAGUCCGCCUGAAGACCAACCUCCCCAUCUUCAAGCUGAAGGAGUCUUGUGUACGGAGGCGGUACAGCGACUUUGAGUGGCUCCGAGCGGAGCUGGAGAGGGAGAGCAAGGUUGUCGUACCGCCCCUCCCUGGAAAAGCUCUCUUCCGGCAGCUUCCGUUUCGAGCAGAUAAUGGCAUAUUUGAUGACUCCUUCAUUGAGGAGCGGAGACAAGGUCUGGAGCAGUUUCUCAACAAAGUGGCCGGCCACCCUCUCGCUCAGAACGAAAGAUGCCUGCACAUGUUUCUACAGGACGAGUCUGUGGACAAGAACUACACCCCAUCCAAAGUCAGACAAGCCUGAAAACUAAAGACGGCUCUGCUCGCUCCGGUCCGGUCCGCUCUGGCUCUGCCCUGCUCAGCCUUGCUUGACCCAACAACUCAAAGCUCUCGUCACUGCUACAGGUUUCUCUCCCAAAAAUAAAUCUCGGUUGCAACUUCUCCCCUUCAAAGGAAAAAAAAAAAAAAAAAUGUCAAUCACUGCUUCUUUUUUUAUUAUUAUUCAGUUAAUUAGUUAUCCUGAUCGGUGCUUAUUUUCACCUCGUAAUUGGAGUCCACCAUGUUCGACACAUAAACCGUGGUUGAAAGUAAUUUAUAGUAAUUUCUCUUUCUGUCUGGAAAUGCCACUAACAUGAAUAUAUGAUGUAUUUAUCAUUUAGCUAAAUGUCUUGAAUAUCUUCAUUUAUAUAGUGACAUUGAAUGAGCAUCCUAUGUAUGUAAAGCUCCUGUGAUGAUGACCCCAUCCAGUACUGGCAUGUGCUGCUCACCGUAACAGACACACGUGUUGAAAGGCCUUGACUUUUAAAUCACAAUCUGUUGAUCCAGUCUUCAGACGCAAGCAUGUGUGUGUGCGUGUGUGUUUGUGUAUCAACCAGCACCUGCCCAACUAUCACAAUGAUUUUCUAGCAAGAAAUUUACACAGAGGGAUCUGCAGUAUUUCUACUGGCUAUAUGCAUUUUGAGAUUUGUAUACUGCUGUGCCAUUUUUGUUUAUUUUGAAGAUUUUCCAAUAAAAUAGGUGAAAUGUC